AAGCCGUCCCCUGGUCGUUCUCUCUCUUUCAGUUCCGGGGUUUCUAGCAAUCCGAGUCCAUCCUCAUGGUUCCUACGAUGGAGCUCGGUGUACGGCCGGUAUUACGUGGAGGGGGGGACCCAGCAAUGCCUGCCUGCCGGUAUUACAUGGAGGGGUGACCCAGCAAUGCCUGCCUGCCGGUAUUACAUGGAGGGGUGACCCUCUAGUAGGACCAGGGUCUCUGCUGUCCAUCAUGGAGGAAACCUGGGCUCACAUGGCCGGUUGACCCCCUGGUAGCAGUAGGUCUGCUAUCCAUCAUGGAGGAAACCUGGGCUCACAUGGCUGGUUGACCCCCUGGUAGCAGUAGGUCUGCUGUCCAUCAUGGAGGGAGCCUGGGCUUACAUGGCUGGUUGACCCCCUGGUAGCAGUAGGUCUGCUGUCCAUCAUGGAGGGAGCCUGGGCUCACAUUGCUGGGUGACCCCCUGGUAGCAGUAGGUCUGCUGUCCAUCAUGGAGGGAGCCUGGGCUCACAUGGCUGGGUGACCCCUUUGGUGGUAGCUGUGGCUGAAUGACCAUUUAGGAGUUGGGUCUCUGCUGUCCAUUAUGGAAGGAGUCAUGGAUCAGGUGAGGAUCUUCUGUUAUUACUGUCUUCCCUGCUUGACUGAGUAUAGAUGAUGAAGCUCUUUAUUUUGCUGCUAAAAUGCUGAAUAACCUCUGUAGAUACAACCUUGGAGAACUGAAUACUCCUAGUUCCAUGCAUUAUGGGCUUCUGGUCCCAUGUUCAAUGGCUAACUGCUCUCAUUAUUUUCUCUUCCAGGUCCAGCGCUGCUUGUUCUCUCAUGUGCCAGUAAGGUGAGUGCUGUCCUGAAGACCUUACAAAUCAUGUCAAUUCAUUUAUAAUCUUAUAUGAUCUGCCAUGACUUCAUAUUCCUGUGAAGUCUAACCCUUUCCAAGUCACAUGGUAUGAGCUUCUUAUGAUGAUAACUAUUGUCCAGUUCUGCUACUGAUUGUAAAGAGAUGAAAAUGGCUUUCUGAGGAAGACCUACACCGUGACUUAUUCAUAUUAGUUUUGUAUUUAGUUUUUUCAAUCCAGCCCAGAGUCUCAUUGUACUAUGAACUUGAACUGGUUCUCCAAUCUCCUGAGCUCUAGCUGCCUUUAGUCAUCCGUCUUCUUGUUGGUUAAUAUCCCUAUGUAAUCACUGGAUUACACUCGGUGGUCUCAUGGGUUUUGACCACUAUAUAAAGACGUCCCCUGGUUGGUUCCGGGGUUUCAAGCAGAGUCCAUCCUCAUGGUCCCUACCAUUGAGCUUGGUAUUUGGCUGGCAUUACAUGGAAGGGUUACCCCCUGGUAGCAGUGCAGUCUCUGUCUAUCAUGGAGGGAGCCAGGGCUCACAUGGCUGGGUGAGCCCUUGGUGGUAGCUGAGGCUGGCCAUUUAGGAGCAGGGUCUCCGCUGUCCAUCAUGGAGGGAGUCUGGGAUCAGAUUAGAAUCUCCUGUUAUUGCUAACUGUUUUCCCUACUUGACAGAGUAUAGAUAAUAAAGCUUUUUCUGCAAAAAGCUGAAUUUCCCCUGUAGAUACAACCGUGGAGAACUGAAUACUCCUAGCUUCAUGCAUUAAGGGCUUCUGGUCCCAUGUUCAAUUGCUAAUUGCUCUCACUAUUUCCUCCUCCAGGUCCAGUGCUGCUUGUUCUCUCCUGUGCCAGUAAGGUGAGUGCUGUCCUGAAGAGCUAACAAUUCAUGCCAAUUCCCCUAUAAUCAAUCUGAUCUGGCAUGACCUCAUGUUCCUGUGCAGUCUAACCCUCUCCAAGUCACAUGGUCUGAGCUUCUUAUGAUGAUAACUAUUGUCCAGUUCUGCUACUGAUUGUAAAGAGAUGAAUAUGGCUUUCUGAGGAAGAUUUACACCGUGACUUAUUCAUUAAUCGUUUUGUAUUGACUAGUUUUUUCAGUAACUAGGAAUCCAGCCCUGAGUCUUUGUACUGGUGCUCUAGCUGCCUUUAGUCAUCUGUCCUCUUAUGUUAAUAUCCCUAUGUAAUCACUGCAUUAAAUGCUCACAGGACAUACCUGGGUAGAUGCCUUUUAGGAAAUACUUAAUUCAAACUGUGCAUGAAAACUGUAUUCUCCCCUGUUCCUCAUCCUAUCACUGAUAAAAUAAUUCCUGUUCACUUUUUUUUUUUUAAUUGACCGAAAAUGUUGCACUUUAUAACAAACAGUAUAUCAUUCUAUUACAGAGCUCUUGCUUGCGCUAGGCCCAGCUGCUGUGGAGAUGUCAUUCGCUGCACCAUGGGAAAGGUAAAUGGAAAUUGCCCAUUCUCUCAUGUUGGUGUGAAGUCGAUUGACUUCUUGGCACUCACGCCUAUGUCUUCUAAUGAUGAUACCUUUGUCCAGUUCUGCUACUGAAGUUCAGCGAUGAGACUUGCCUAUCUGAAGAAGACUUUAUAGCAGGGCUACCAAAAGGUAGAUCCCUGGAUAUUCUAAAGCUACAGCUCCCAUGAUGCUUUAAAAUGACAAUGCAUCAUGGGAGCUGUAGUCUUCAAACCUCGUGAGAUCUACCAUUUGGGCACUCCUGCUCUAUAGUUUACAUGUUGCAUUGCUUAAAAAAUGUCAAUUUUAAUACUUUGUUUUUUUCGUUGUAGGUUGUCUGCCUGGAGUCUGAUGCCCAAGCCAUUACUCACUCCUGUAUAUGAAUAAAAUAAAAUAUUCACUGUC